AUGUAUUUGGACGUAGCUGGCGGAUAUGAAGAAGAUUGCAAAAUAACUCAAAUGCAGUACCACUCUUUCCUUCCGUAUUCCACUACAGCUUUAUCCAAUAACGAUGAAAUUAGAAUAUCUAUUCAAAAUAUGGACGCUUACACUUUGCCUUGCGAGAGCUAUCUUUACAUUGAAGGUAAAUUAAAUAUACCUGCAGAUAUUUCAGCAGAGAAGGGUGAAUUCAACUUUACAAAUAAUGGAUUAGCGUUUUUAUUUUCUGAAAUCCGAUAUGAAAUUAACGGAGUGGAAAUACAAAAAUUAAAAUCUCCUGGAAUAUCUUCGAGUCUUAAAGGUUUUUGCUCGCACACUCCGAGUGAAUUGAACAAUUUACAAAAUGCUGCUUGGAACGUAGAUAUGGAUGCCAGGGAAAAUAAACAUUUCAUGUUAAAUAACAAAUUCGCUGGUUGUAUCCCACUCAAACACUUGUUUGGAUUUUGUGAAGAUUAUAAAAAAAUGCUACUCAACUGUAAUCAACAAAUAAUUUUAAACAUCUGUCUCAUUUACAGAAUUUGA